AUGGCUUCCAGGGCUCUCGCUCGCCGCCCACUCUCAAUCACGCGCGGCCUUGUUGCCGCGCGUUCCCUUCACGCCACCACACCAUCCCUCAACGAUAAGCCCAAGCCCGCCCCCACCACCACCACCUCCUCCUCCUCCUCCUCCACCACUGCUGCCGCCGCCGAAGGGGACAAGGUCCCGUCGCAGGGAUUCCUCGGCUCCCUCUUUUACGGCUCAGAGCACGCGCGUGCCGAGGGCGACAUCAAGCUCUUAGAGAAGAAGCAGCACUCCAAGACGGUCGGCCGCGGCAAGUACGUUCACGAGAAGAUCACGCAUGCCGUUAUCCCCGGACACCGUGAUGCGUAUCUCGAGGCCGCCGAGGCCUACUUCACCACUUUGGCCAAGGAGAGUUACAACUUGGGCAAUGUCAAGCUCUGCGGAAGCUGGGAGACAAUCGUCGGUGCGGUGGGCAACUUCACCCACAUCCUAGAGCACGAAGGGUACAAGGGAUACGACGAGACGCGCGUCCUGGUGGCCAAGAAUCAGACGCUCCAGAAGCACCUCAAUAACAUGCUUCCUCACCUCCAGACUCGCCAGCACCAGCUCAUGUCCGAGUUCGUUUUCCUCCCCAUGUCACCACCUCGCGACAGCGGCUACCCCGAUGGCGGCGUGUUCGAGUUGCGCACGUACCAGCUGCAGCCCGGCAAGCUUCUCGAAUGGGAGUCGGCAUGGAGACGUGGUGUCGAGGCCCGGCUGCGGUUUGUGCAGCCAGUUGGCGGUUUCUUCGGCCAGGUCGGCCAGCUGCACGAGGUCCACCACAUCUGGCAGUACCCUGACAUGGCUACCCGCCAGGCUGCUCGUGGCAAGGCGUGGACGAUCGGGGGGUGGGCCGACACUGUCCAGCAGACGUCGCGUCUGACCCAGACGAUGAAGACGACGAUCAUGCUGCCGACGUCGUGGAGCCCGUUGCGGUAG